AAAGUUAACCAUUCCUGUAACCACAAAGCGCGCACCCUGUUGGUUGGUGAUGGAAAGAACGGCUCUAAGUGUCUGACGUCACUGUUAGGUCAGGGGCAGGGUGUGUUUCUCGUGUAGCGAGGGUAGUCACCAGGCUAACCAGUCGUCUUUUCAACGUAAGCCCGGGCAAAUGUUGACCCUCCACUAAACUGAGAUAUGGAGUUUGACUUUUUAUUCAACGAUACAGCUAUCCAAUUUUCGGACUUCCGCGAGUUCACGUUUCUUCCUGGACACCAAAGGUUGUCUGAGCGAGUGAAAAAGAGGCUGUAUUAUGGAUUGGAUCGCGAUGUGUCACUUGAAGUCCUCUCCUCCCCUGUGACAGAUAUCGCCGUUGAAAUUUUCCAGAAAUCUGCACCAAGCCCAAUAAGGAAACUCCACAAGAAAUAUGCCGUUCAUGUCUCCAGGGAGGCUUGUAUUUCACCGUGUGCCAUGAUGCUGGCACUGGUUUACAUUGAAAGACUCCGAAAUAGAAACCCUGAAUACCUACAAAAUAUCUCCUCAUCUGACCUCUUCCUGAUCUCCAUGAUGGUCGCCAGCAAGUACUUGUACGACGAAGGAGAGGAGGAGGAGGUCUUCAAUGAUGAGUGGGGAGCAGCUGGGAAACUGGAUGUUGAAACAGUCAAUAAGCUGGAAAUGAAUUUCCUGAACGCUAUUGAUUGGAGUCUCUUCGCAGGGUCAAAUGACUUCUUGGAUGCACUGAGCCGACUAGAGAGCAGUAUUGCUAAGCGUCAGGGGAUGACACGGGGCUGGUUUACCUACACUGACGUCUGUGUGCUGCUCGAGCAAUCGGCAUGGAAUCAAGCACUUGCAGCUAUCUACCAGCACUUUAUCAAGGUGAGCAGGGAGUCCCGUCAGGACCAUACUGGACUUCACAGUGCGAGUCGUUUUAUUCACAAGGUUUCCUGUAUGCUUGGAUUUUUGUAUCUGACUAGUGUGACUGGCCUCAUUGCCACAAGCACUGUGAUCCAGCAGCUCAGUCUCUGUCCAUGCAGCCAGACCCUGUUGACACCCCCAGACGACGUCACCCCAGCACUCCUUUACACCUCCGACCCGAAUCACGACGCCCCCACUCCACCCCAGUGGCUCCCCUGUUGUACUCUGUCUAACAAGAGUCUGAACCGUCACACCGUGCUCAGAGGGGGCCAACUACACAGAGCAGCUUUACUUCACGCCAGCCUACAGCAAUCACUUUUGUGUCUGUGGGGCGCCAUACAGCAAGAAACCCCAUUGGAGUCACCUGAAACCUCGUGCACUGCCUCUGCCUUUCAUCCGGGCUGUCGUAGCAGCCUCCCACCAUCUGAUUGCAUGCUGAGAAACACCUCAACCAUAUUCACCCGUCAUGCAUCGUGGUUGGCCUCAAUCUUGUUUGGAGGUGCUGAAACAAGUCAAAUCUCUCACCUCGAAGUGUUUGCGCCUGUGCAGCUGGGACCUUGUCAUCCAAAGCUUAUGUUACCUGUAGACAAGAGGCAAGCCCUCCUCAUGACCGGCUAGCAUACUGCAGACACCACCGCUGAUCAUCACGUACUCUGGAAAAGAAACCAGCACUGCUUUUUAAUCACCACCUCAUGUUUGUAUUUUCCAGAUCUAAAACACACGAGCGAUAGUACAUAAGCACAUCUCAGAUAUGAGAUGCUUGUUACAGUCACUUUGUUUGACCGCAGCUAUCAUAACUUAUUUUGUAGGAUUUAUGUUGUGUUUUUUUUUUUUUUUGCUACAAGUUAUUGGUUUGAAGGCUGGAAGUUUUGAUCAUUGUCUUCUCAGCUAGGAAGGGUUUAAGUAUGUUGAGUUUAAACGACGGUGCUUGGUGAGAAGAAGAUGCGUAACAGCUUUACGAUCAUGUUGAUCGUACUGUUUUUUUUUUUUUGGGGGGGGGGUCAAAACAGGUCAUGCUCAUACAAUGCUGCAACUCUAAAUGGGUAAGAUGUUCAUGAUUCAGCACUUCCUGCUGAAGCUAUGAACGUCUUACUAUAACUGGGUAAUAUGAUAAUUCCCAUUUAGUAGUUUCUGAUUUUGUGGUAAUUUUGUGUGUUUUUGCACAUAAUGCCAGCUCAUUUAGCAAGCUAACUGACACUCUACCUGCAUUCUACUUUUGGUGAUGUGCUCUUUAAGUUGCACAUUUGCUCACAUUUCUGUUGCAACAACAGCACCUUUCCCUGCAGACAUGCUAGUUACUGCAAUAUCGAUCUGUUGGACAGUAUUGGUUUGACAUGAACAGUUUUGUAUCAUUGUGUUUCUGAUAAAGCCAAAAUGCUCCACAGGAAUUUGUAAUUGGACAUGCUAUUUUGAAAAUUUGGUAUACUUGGAUGCACAAUGUCCUUAAUUUUGUACAUGCAUGUAAACUGCUAAUAUUGUAAAACAAGCAAGCUAAAUUAAUAAAGAAUGACUUUCUUUGUUGAACUUAUUUUUUUAGCAUCACCUUCUGAAAAAAAACUGUCAGAUUUGUCUACAAGUUUUCACUGUUUAAAAGCACGGACAUAUCACCUACUUGCACACGUGGC